UUACUUCAUACUCAGUUGAACCUCCACCUGUGUGGCAGGUUUUGGACAUGCUUCAUGCACUGCUUCUCUUUUAGGUUAGGUUAUAUUGGAACUGAGCCAUCAGCAAAUGCUUUUUGUUUAGUUUAAACUCUGUUGUUUUUGUUUGUUUUAAGUUCUGUUUUAAGUUCUGAAGUAUUCAGAGUCAGUUACAGAUCUAGUCUGCUCAGACCAUAGACUAUACAUUAGACAAGGAAUAAAUAUGUUGCGAUACAUUUCCAGGACCCAUAUUUUGGUCAUUUCUGUCUUUCUUCUCGUCCUUUUGGGAGCCGUCUAUAUCUACUCAGGAUAUAACAUGUCAUCCUUAAGCUUUUGCCAGCCAUGUGACAAUAACCCUGAGCCACAGGUGAAGGAUAUAGAGGAAAAACAUUGCACAGACAACAGCAGGUGGAUUAUUGGAGACCUUAAAAUGCAAACUGGAUUGGCAUAUGCUCAGCCAAGCCCACAUAAAGGACGCACUGAUAUAAACCCAGUGACAAACUGGAAUGCUCCUCUGGUUUGGGAGGGAACCUUUGAUCCAGUGGUUAUUGAUGCCAUCUAUAAAAAAAUGGACCCAAGAAUCGCUGUGGUGGUGUUUGCUGUUGGCAAAUACACCCGUUUCCUGAAGGGCUUCCUGGAGUCAGGUGAAAAGUACUUUCUUGUUGACUUCAGGGUCACUUACUACAUCUUCACAGACAAUGAAAAAGAUGUUCCAAAAAUUGAACUCGGUAAAGGCCGGAAGAUCUCAAUUGUCAGUGUCCCUAGCGCCAACCGCUGGCAGGAUGUCGUACUCGGCAGGAUGAAAUAUGCCACCAUCACCAUUGACAAACAGAUCCGUAAGGAAGCAGAUUAUCUUUUUAUGAUGGACAUUGACAGCGUCUUCCACAAUCGCUUUGGAGCCGAGUCUCUCAGCCAGCUAGCUGCUGUGCUUCACCGUGGCUACUACAAGUCAGAAAGGGAUAAGUUUCCAUAUGAGCGUCGGCCCCAGUCCAAAGCUUACAUUCCUGCCGGUCAAGGAGACUUCUACUACACUGCUGCUGUCUGGGGUGGAUACCUGGAGGAGAUGUACCAGCUAGUCAAGUAUUGUUACGAGAUGUCGGAGGAGGAUGCCAAGAAUAAGAUUGAAGCUGUGUGGCAGGAAGAGAGUCACCUCAACAGGUACCUGCUGUACAACAAACCAACCAAGGUGCUGUCUCCAGAGUACCUGUGGUCAGACUAUGAUCAGGUACCAGAAGACAUCAAAGUGGUCAGGAUCUCCCAGCUGGUUAAGAACUAUGAAGAAGUUCGGCCCAAUGGUGGACACUGAUGUUGAGUCAAUUCAAUAUUCAAGACAGAGAAUCUUCUUCACACAAAAAAUAAUAAUAGUAAUAAUAAUUAUAAUAAUUGGGAUAGUUGGUAUGACUUGCUUUGUCUGUUUUAUAUUUUGUGUACUCAGAGGUAUAAAUGAAAGAUUAAAAAAAAAAAAAAUACUAACAUAAAUGGAUUUGGUCUUGGUCGCUGCAGAGAUUUAUGAUAAACUUUAUGCCCAGCAUUUAAAAGCAAACUACAUGUGGAAGUUUUAUGGCAUGGCCAUUUAAAAAAUAUUGAAUUUGUUAGGUUCUGUUGGGUCAGCAGUUCAAGCAAGUUAAAAUAAACUGCAGGUGUCAAUAGUACCAAUGCAAAAGAUCAAAAACUAUGAUAUGAUCAAACCUUUUCUGUGGUAAAUGUAAAUGGCCAUGGUAAAGCACAUGCAUGAUAAUACAACAUGGUGUUGUAAUCAAUCAAAACAGUGGAAGAAAUGUCACAUGUACUUUGUGCUGUGGAGUUCUUCACCUUUACCUCACCCAUUUUUUUUUAUACCUGUAAACGUUUUUAUGCCUGUAAACAUCCUUAGACUUUGAGUCACCUAUUAUCUUCAUUUUCCUUUCUUUUCUAAGAUGUAAAAAUAAGGGCUCACAGUGCCCCCUAGGGUUGUUUUAGUACAUCUGCAUUAUCUGAAUUCUGUGGGAUUUACAGUAUAUUACCUUUAUAUUGUGUACAUUUUCUUUUUGUUGUUUUUAGGGCAUGAGCACAAAAUUUGUGCAAAGCCCUAUUGUAACUGAAGGAAUUAUUAUUAUUAUUAUUAUUAUUUGUUGUUGUUAUUGUUGUUGUCGUGUGCACUGUAUUAUUCAAUAUUGACUGGAAAUGUACUCACAUGUGACUCUGAA